AUGGAUUUGGGGCAGAGUUUUAAUAGGUUUUAUGAGGAAAGUCAAGUUAUCUGCUGCAGCAGCAGCAGCAGCAGCAGCAGCAACAGCAGCAGCAGCAGCAGCAGCAGCAGCAGCAGCAGAAAGAACAGCAAGCGUGGUGAUGCUGCAUCCACGGCGCCGUGUCUUCAGCAGCAGCAACAAAACCAAAAGCAGCAACAACAAAAAGAGCAGCAGCAGCAGCAACAACAAAAGCAACAGCAGCAACAGCAGCAGCAGCAGCAGCAGCAGCAGCAGCAGUUGAUAGAGGGCGAGGUGUAUGUACACCCGGAGCGGCUGCUUAUUUGCCGCGCCGUGCAGCAGACGCUAACAAAGGGCCUCCAGCUGCUGGGUGCAGAUACACCCCAAGAUAUAUAA